AUGGCGAAGAAACCGAGAGUUACCAAGCUGAAUACGGAUCGAAGAUCGAGAGCAAACGAACGAGAACGACAGAGAGUUUCCGAGAUGAACGGAAUGUUUGAUGUUCUACUUAAUCUUCUUCCGCCGUCACAUUUUAAAACACGACUCUCCAGAGUUCAAAUCUUGAGAGAAGCCACCUCUUACAUAAUUCGUCUUCACAACUUUCUUAUUGAAAGUUCAAAUAGUGACAUAGACGCAAUAACUGUAUUUCCGCACAUCUUCAACGGAGAACGCAAGUCAAAUAAAGAUGCAAUUCGUCGUCCCAUGAAGUUGAAGCAGGGUGGCGGUGUUGCUGCUUUCAUCUCACGCCACGAACUUCCCCCACUUCAACUUCCAAAUCCCGUUAUCCCAAUUUUGAAGCCCACUUCAGUUCCAGUUUGGCCCCAAACCAAUGUUUAUAUUGCUUAUUUUUAAAUUAUUGAGUUUGUAUUUGAGUUGAAUGAAGUAGAACGGUUGUUC